UCUUAACUUCCUCAGCCUAGUCCAUCAAAUAACAAGUCUCUUGUUUCCUCACCAAAAAUGAAAAAAUUUUAUUCUUCAAGAAAACACUUGAUCUUGUUAUUUAUUUGUAUUUGUACUAUAGCUAUAGUUGUAAUUCCAAGAUUGGUGUUGGCUCAGAAAUGUGGGUGUCCAGAAGGAUUAUGCUGCAGUAGAUGGGGUUAUUGUGGCUCUGGGAAUGCUUAUUGUGGGCAAGGCUGUCAAGGAGGGCCUUGUUAUACUAGUACUUCAACAAACAACAAUAAUAGUAAUAAGGGAAUUUCUGAAAUUGUUACUGAAUCAUUCUUCAAUGGAAUUGCUAAUCAGGCAGCUUCAUACUGUGAAGGCAAAGGGUUUUACACAAGAGCUGUGUUUCUUGAAGCUAUAAAGUCUUAUCCUAAAUUUGGAACUGCUGGUUCUUCUGAUGAUAAUAAGCGUGAAAUUGCUGCUUUCUUUGCUCACGUCGCUCAUGAGACUGGACAAAUGUGCUACAUAAACGAGAUAAAUGGUGCAUCUCGGGACUAUUGUGAUCAGACAAACUCAAAGUACCCUUGUGUCUCCGGCAAGCAAUACUACGGUCGAGGGCCAAUCCAAAUAUCAUGGAACUUCAACUAUGGACCAGCUGGAAAAGACAUUGGAUUCGAUGGCCUAAACGACCCCGAUAUCGUGGCUAGAGAUAGUCUUAUAGCAUUCAAAACUGCCUUGUGGUACUGGAUGAACAUUUGCCAUCCUCUUUUUACUUCUGGCCAAGGUUUUGGGGCGACGAUUCGAGCCAUUAAUGGUCCACUUGAGUGUGAUGGUGGCAAUCCCGAGCCGGUUGCUAGAAGGAUUCAACAUUACGUUGAGUAUUGCCAGCAACUUGGUGUAGAUACUGGGAAUAAUCUCACUUGUUAGCAGACUUGAAAAAAGUUGAUUUUCAGGCUACGAGAGUAUAUUUUAUGGAGAUUGAAUUAAUAAUUACUAGAGAAUGGAGAUUUAGUUGUUUAUUCCUAUAUAUAAGAAAAAAUUGUAAUGUAAUGGGAAGGGUUAUUUCAUUUAUGAUGAAGAAAUUAAAUUACUACUUGA